AUGAGUCUCGUGUCGCCCAUAGUGGCAUACGCCCAAUAUCUUGAUGCCCGGUUCAUGCAUUUCAUGUCCAGAAACUGGUUCACCUACGACUUGGUCCAUAAUCCCGUGUCGCGUGUGAUCUCCGAAACGCUUUUUGUGAUGUUUGUGCUUCUACUUUCCUACGAGACCAUCUACUGGUCGGGAAUAUACUUGAAUCUCUGGGAGUAUCACGCCAAAGAUAUCUUCCCGGAGGUGCCAGUCCAUUGUGCGCAUGUCUAUGUCCGCUUGAACGUGGCCAAGCGGGACAAGUUACAAGAUGUGAAAAGGUACUACUCUUUAGAGAGAAGUGUGUUGGACAAAGUUCUUGGCAAGAGACACACGAACGUGGAACGGGAGACGUUUGAGCUUCCCAAGUUUGUGAAGUACCACUUUGAGUUCGGUCCAGAAGAUUUCGAACACAAUCCAGAUCCUGAGCUAGGCUCCACCAUUGAGCAUUUGCGAGAACGUAUCUUGGAGCUCUUCCAUGAAUCUACGCUUUAUGAGAAGUUCCGCAAAGCGAAAGGCUCAUCUUUCACCAAAGAUGGCGUGUUUCUCACGAAUAACAAAUUGCAAGAAGUGGGGCUGGAGUACGAUAAAACGUACCUAAGCAAAAUCCACAUCGAAACGGGGAAUGUAAUUGACGCCGUCAUUCUCUACUAA